CCACUUGCGCCUAAUCGUGGCGGCUCCGCAAGCCACAUCUUCUCGCCUUCGUCCGCCCUGAUAGCCUCCCUAUAUGCAUCCAAGCCAUAAAGGGUACCAAUUGGAUUUUUGACACUUCUUCCCUGGACAAUCCAGCCACUGCCUCAAAUUCAAUUCACGGGUCGUUAAAGUUAUCGCAGCGGCCAUCAUCAAUCACCGCACACUCUGGUCUGUGUUUAGAAAGCCCUCCAGCUUCAAAUCGAUUUGCCUGCGUCCCAACACCACCGAUUUGCAUCACCUAGAUUGCACCGACAUUCAAUAAUUUGGACCCAGCAACUUUGAAAUUUUCAUCGCCUAGGGGGCCACGCCCAUGGUCACCAUGGACGCCCUCAAAAACCUAUCUGCAAACAUACCAGACUGGCUGAAACGCCUAGAAGAACUCAGCGGUCAGAUCGAGCAGCGACAACUCGAGCUGGCCAAGUUUGCCGAAGCUCAUCAACAGGCCGCCAAAACGAGAUCUCUCAAAAACAAGGGCUCUACCGAGUCCCUCAGGCCUACCGACGAAUCUACAACAACGCCGACAAGCGACAAUGACGCGCCCGCAAAACAGCCACAGGUGUCACCAGCAGACCCUGCAUCGACAACCUUUACGAGUCCCGUCAUGACAUCUGAACCCCGCGAGACACCUUCACUACAACCCACAUUGUCAAGAAAACUGAAUUCAGAUCACAUUGUAACAAUGGCGGAGAAGAGGGCAAGGAGAAACGUGCGGAAACGUAUCAGGACUGACUCAGUUCUAUCGACCGACGAUACUGGCGAGGGUGCUGCACCCAAGUACCGCUGUCGAGGGGUGGUGCUAGUCUACUACGACAGUUAUGUGCAGAGCUUUUUCGAGGAGCUAGUCAAGUUCGUUUCGGCAUCUCGCAACCUAAUGCGCAAGGCUAAGAUGGCUGCCAAGGUGGCCCAGAUAAAACGCAUGGCUGAGAUGGAGGUGCCGGACGACGACGAAGACGACGAGGGGAUCAAUGGCGAGCUCAAGGCGGAUCCCAAUGUCUCAUCCUUCCCGGGCCCCAAGUUGCCCGGUCCCAUAACGCCAAGCGGGCCAGCCUUGGAGGCGUCACCGAUCAGCGCAGGUGACGGCGAGCUGGGAACGCCACCUCUAAACUACGUGAGCACGAGAGCGAUGAGAUACGGCCGUGCAAGCCCGGGCGGCCCGAACCUGCUCCGGCCGACUUUUGCACGCGCAGCAGCCCGGGGCGCCUACGCUGGCAGUGGGCUAGCGAUGCUGACGACGCCGCAGGUCCCCGACGCGUUCGACGCCCUCGACAAGGGCCUCGAUUUCGUGCAGGCCACGUGCGAGCAGGCGGCCCAUCAGUUCCUGCGGGACGGCGACUGCGACGAGGAGAUUGUCAAGCUCAAGGCGCGUCUCGCCGAGACGGCAGAGCUUGCGAGCAAGGAGAUGGAGCGGAGGCUGAAGGAAGACCCCGACGUCGGCAACACGCCCGAGCCGGUCAAGAGCAGAUCGUACAGGUUACAGAGCAUGCGUCGGGAGUCGGCGACCUCGACACACAAGGAUAUCAAGGACCGUGUUCCCUCGCCAUCGCCCCUGGUACCUGGUUCCCCUCUGGAUCCAUCACCCCCAAUUUUGGCAGCGUCUACCGAAGCAAUGCCUCCACCGCCCAUCGCUGCCCCGGUAAAGAAUCCUGGGAGCGAUGUUGUCAUCUUGCGUGCUGAUGUGAGACUGGAGGCGGAUGGGCCUACCGAAGCGAUCAAGUACAGUCCCCGGGAUACAGUGGAUUAUCGGGUGCUGAACACAGUACAUUGAGCUGACGCCCGAUGCUGAUCUACUCCCCAUCGGCUUUUCAUUUUGAUCAUGGCUAGUUCCAUAUUCUAGCUGUGCAUCUCGUACCAUUUUUGGUUUUUACGAUCUUUAAUUAUAGCGGCACCUGCAUAGCGUUUUUUUAUCACCUCCAUGGGAAUUUUGCAUAUAUUCGAAUAGUACACCAUGGACAUACAUAAUCAUCUCAUGAAGUCAUUACCAUUAUUUGAUACGACUGGCGUUACUCACAAUUUGUCUAUUUUCUUGCAACGGAAAAUGUUUGGUCAAGGGAUACAGGGGAUCGGAAUACCAUCAAAAGAACAGCCAGCCUUUUUCAACAGAAGCAACUUUCCAAUUUUUUGCAUCAUUCUUGACAUAAAAUCCAAGUUCACAUAGCGUGGUGGUUGUACUUGAGGGGCCUCGCGGGGUCGGUUCACGUCCAUCCCUGACAGUGUGGUUCGCUUAGUCCGAAAUCGAAACAGGAUACUUGGGAUGAAUCACAGACAACGCAGGCUGUGGUGACUGCAUCUCGAUGGUUAAUCUAACCUACCGGUAAAUAUUCACAAAACCCCAUAAGUGACUACUUCUCUUCAGACACACCUCGUUAGUUUUACUCAUCACUUACACUCAAAUGUACAAGAACAAGAGAUCGGAUGUCCGUGUCCAGUGGCUCCGUUAGAAUGCAUUGAUAAGGGGGUGACAUCUUUUCAGCCCAUAUGUUGAAGGGUAGACUUGGCUCGAUGAUUCGCAGCUUGUCACUAUCGUCUCUUCAUAUCUUGAGGUUUUUGUGGACAAAAUUUCCGAAGGAUGCGACGAGGUUACCGUAUGUGGAGCAAUGAAUGACAUUUUCACUGCCGGAUUUGACAGCUCCGUCCUUUGUUGCAUACAUCUUUGAGCCAAACGUGCUUCAGACUUUUACACGUAGGGUGAAGCAACAAAGCCACAAUAAUCUAUCUGGCCCGGGGGCCGUCAGGCG